CAGUGCGUGCGGACAAGGCGGAUUCGCAACAUGUCUUGAAACUUUUCUGUUUUUUUUUGUUUUUGUUUUUUUCUUUUCUUAAUGUGACUUCGAGUUGUGUGGCAAAGCAAGUCGAUCCUGGUUCGCUUCUUCAUGGUUCGACAACUGUACCGGAGAGCAACAAAGAGGACUCGCUUGAGAAGAAUUCCAUGAUCUAUUGAGUGUCAAGUCAAGGAUUUGUCCAUUGUACAGCACAAGUCAUGUACCAGGUUGUACCCGGGGGAGUGGGUGGCACAAUAACAGAUGUUAUCCCCAAGCAGAAACACAGCAAGGACACCAGACCCUUAGUUGGAGCAGGAGUUCUUGGCCUGGUGUUGGUGAUUGCAGCAGUGUCUGCAUGGUCUUAUUACAUUGCUUCGCUCCGAAAAGCUGAGCUGCUAAAGACUCAGCUGCUGGAUUUAAAUAAAGAUGGCUACAUUAUCCGCAAUCAGGGAGGAGCUAUUGUUUUCAGAAUGGAUUUUAGGUCAGGGACAUUGGAUUUGGACUCUUGCACCAAAGAAGGCGAGCUUCUUAGCUGUGGACGCACGACUGAUAGAAGCCUCAACUUCUUCAUUGAGACGGUUCGGCCUAAAGACACGGUGCAGUGCUACCGUGUGCGUUGGGAGGAGCUGGUUCCCGACGUUUCUGUCGCACACGCAAUGACAUACAAGUUUGCCCACUGGUAUGGUGGUGCGGUGUCAGCUAUUCAACAUUGGCCUAUUUCCAUCUCCGGACAACAGUCCCCCAAACCCUUUGUUACUAGUGACAUCUACUCCAAUCGCAAUGAGUUUGGAGGAAUCUUGGAGAGCUAUUGGCUUUCAUCGAAUGCUACCGCCAUCAAAAUUAAUAAUUCAGUGCCGUUCCACUUGGGCUGGAAUGACACAGAGAAAACCAUGUACUUCCAAGCAAGAUACAACGACAGUCCCUUCAAGCCAAACCCAGGGGAGGCUCCAUGUGCUGAACUUAGCUACAGAGUAUGUGUUGGUUUGGAUGUGACAUCCAUUCACAAGUACAUGGUUCGUCGAUACUUCAACAAACCAAAUAAAGUGCCUGCCAAAGCCAUGUUUCAGCAUCCUAUCUGGUCCACUUGGGCACUUCAUAAGACAGACAUUGAUCAAGAAAAGCUUUUAACGUAUGCUGCCAACAUCCGGAAAUAUAACUUUAACUGCAGCCACCUGGAAUUAGAUGACCGUUACACACCCCGCUAUGGAGAAUUUGAGUUUGACCGAAUAAAGUUCCCCAAUGCCUCAUCCAUGUUUCAAAAGCUUAAAUCUGAUGGAUUUCUUGUGUCUCUCUGGAUUCACCCUUUUGUGAACUACAACUCAGAGAACUUCCAUACUUGUGUGGAGAGAGGCCUGUUUGUCCGGGAGCCUACAGGUCAGCUGCCAGCUUUAGUCCGCUGGUGGAAUGGAAUUGGUGGAAUUGUGGACUUCACACACCCAGAGGCUCGUGAUUGGUUUGCCUCCCAGCUGCGUUCCCUUCGCUCUAAAUAUGGGGUGUCUUCUUUCAAGUUUGAUGCAGGUGAGACCAACUACUUGCCAUGGAAGUUUAGCACCAGAACCCCCAUUCGGGAUCCAAGUUUUUUCACAAGACGUUACACAGAGAUGGCCAUUCCCUACAAUGACAGAGCAGAGCUACGGAGUGGCUACCAGUCUCAGAACAUAUCUUGUUUCUUUAGGCCUAUUGAUAGGGACUCUGUGUGGGGCUAUGAGUUGGGACUCAAGUCUCUUAUCCCCACUGUGCUCACCAUCAGCAUUCUGGGUUAUCAGUUCAUUCUACCCGACAUGAUAGGAGGAAAUGCCUAUCUGAACCGCACUGAUGGAAAUCGGGCAUUACCUGACCGAGAACUCUAUAUCCGUUGGCUGGAGUUGUCAGCAUUCAUGCCCUCCAUGCAGUUUUCUAUCCCACCAUGGGCCUAUGACAAUGAGGUUGUUGAAAUUGCUCGCAAAUACACCGCUCUCCAUCAGAGUAUUGUAGCACCGCGGGUCUUGGAGCUGGCUGGUGAGGUGCUGGACACCGGAGACCCUAUUAUACGACCGUUGUGGUGGAUUGCCACAGGUGAUGAAACCGCCUAUAAAAUAGACUCUCAAUUUCUGAUUGGAGAUGAUCUCAUGGUAGCACCUGUUUUAGAACCUGGAAAGCAAGAGCGUGAUAUUUAUCUCCCUGCUGGUCGGUGGAAAAGCUAUAAAGGGGAGAGGUUUGAUAUCAAAGAGCCACUGCACCUCACAGAUUAUCCUAUAGAUUUGGAUGAAAUUGCUUACUUUGUCUGGGUGUAGAAAGAAGGGAUUUCAAAGUUAAAGAACUUGGUUAGAAAAUUUAUUUUUAUUUAUUUUUUAUUUUUCAGGCUUGUCAUGAAACAGGUCUCAGUUCAAAUUUAAAUAGUCUCUCAUAUAGCCUCAAAAUCUCACCCAAGAGCCUUAAAUUUUAAGAGUUCAUGUUUGUCCAACAAUUUGAGUGAAAGAUAGAAAGAUAAUUUUAUGUAUAGUCAGUAGGUUGUCAAUAUGUCUUCAAAUGAAAUGUACUUACUGUGAAUCAAGACAUAACUCUGCAAUUAUAUAUAGAAGAUGAGGGGAAAGGUGCCAUUACCUGUACGCAUGAGAUUAGAUUACUGUAACUAAUUUUCUUAGUGUACUGACAGGUAUACAAUUGCUCUCAAAAUUAUUAAACCCCCUCUGCAUAUUUUAUUUAUUUGUAGAGUUUACAAACGUGCAGUAGUUUUCAAUGAAAAAACUAUUUCAGUAAACACAACUAAUAUAAUGUAUCUAAUACUGAUCACUUGAAAUUUUAUACAUUUUAAAAAUGUAAUCUAAAAUUGGGGUUGAAUAAUUUUCACUGCAAAUAUAAUUGCACAUUUUGCUUUAAGCUUUUUGUAAAGCAUUGAUCUUCAUAAUAUUUUGUAUUGUUCAACAGACAAUUAUAGCACAGACAAUAACUGUGAAAACUUCUAAAAAGUUAGUUGCUGGGUAGUAAACAUUUGAUACUCUUUCUCAGGUACAGUAAGCCCUUUACUCAGGCUCAGUUUGAAGUGACUGGUAACAGAUUUAUUUGUCUUUUGUGACGCAAAGGCUGCACGAUUAUGGACAAAAAUAAUAAUCAAGAUUAUUUUUGAUCAGUGUUGUAAUCACGAUUAUUAAUCACAAUUAUUCCUCAUGUUAGGGAAAAUCUUAAUUUUUAUUGCACUACUUUUUAACAAACAAUAUGUAGUAGUUUUCAGUUCAGAAUGAAUCUUUAAAUAAGAAUACAUGAUAAUAAUUGAAAAAAUAAAUGUACCCCAAAUUCUACUUUAGCAAGGGCUAAAUAAAUAAAUGUGCUAAAAUGUGAUCGAAUUGCAACUUAAUGGAAGCAAAUACAGUUAAUGCAUGGAAGGCAAUAACAUUAGGCUGUAAGCAUUGUCAAGGAUGGUACGGCUCCAUUGUUCUGCUUGACCAUUGGUCAGUCAUGAGCGGUCAGAAACUGCAAAGAGCUCGACAGUUGUGAUUUCUCUCUCUAUUUACUCCAGGGUUUUUUCAUUGCGGUGAAGCCACCCGAAAAGUUGAAGUCAAGGCAGCAACAAUUGUUAUUGUCUUACUACAUGCUGUGCUACAUUUAUUCCAGAUGUAACGAGACGCACACCUUCCAAAAAGCUCAACUGUUAUCUUGUGAGUCGAUAUAAUUAAUAUUCUCCUAAAAGUCUUGGGACUCAUUCAGUUUUUUUUUUUUUUUGCAAAAGUAAGACGAGCGUUUAUGUUCUUUUUGGUCAACACUGGGUUUCGCCUUGGAACUCUGCCAUGGAUGCCAUUUUUGCCAUCUCUUCCUUAUUAUUGUGCCAUGAACACUGACCUUUCCAUGCCGCCUCUCCACCAACGUGCCGAGAGAGCCAAAUUCAAUUUUAUUACAUUGGACAUCAAUGCCAUUUUAGGGUUUUAUUUUGAAGUUGGCAACAGAGCGCAGUGCCAGAGCUUAAUGAAUCCUUAACCAUGCAUUCACCCCGUGGUGGCUAGCUGACUAGGUUGCAGGCACUGCUGCAAAUGAAGCCCUUUUCAUAUGCAGCAGUGCCAGCAUUUUAAAUGUAAAAAAAUCGCCGACAAUCAGGCUCAUUUAAUCGUGGCAGCCAUAAUCGCGAUCACAAAUAAAAUUUGAUUAAUUGUGCAGGCCUAAUAUAUAUAUAUAUAUAUAUAUAUAUAUAUAUAUAUAUAUAUACAUACAUACAUACAUACAUUUUCUGAGCCACUUCUCCUCACUAGGGUCGCGGGCAUACUGGAGCCUAUCCCAGCUGUCAUCGGGCAGGAGGCGGGGUACACCCUGAACUGGUUGCCAGCCAAUCGCAGGGCACAUAGAAACAAACAACCAUUCGCACUCACAGUCAUGCCUACGGGCAAUUUAGAGUCUCCAAUUAAUGCAUGUUUUUUGGGAUGUGGGAGGAAACCUGAGUGCCCGGAGAAAACCCACGCAGGCACAGGGAGAACAUGCAAACUCCACACAGGCGGGGCCAGGGAUUGAACCCGGGUUCUCAGAACUGUGAGGCUGACGCUCUAACCAGUCGUCCACCGUGCCGCCUAUAUACAUACAGUGGCGUGAAAAGUAUCAGCUCCCUCAAAUUCUAAUGUUUUUACAUAGGUUCUCCACUUUAAUGUUUAAAAUCAUUAAACAAAUAUAAAUGAUUUCAUUCAUGAAGGAAAGAAAAAAUAUUCAGUUACCCGGCCCUGUGUGAAAAGGUAAUGGCCUCCUAAACCUACUAACUGGUUGGGCCAUCCUCAGCGGCAACAACUGAGGAUGGCGUUUUCUAUAACUGGCAAUGAGUCUUUCACAUCUCCGUGGAGAUACUUUGGUCCACUCUUCCUUGCAGAAUUGUUCUAAUUCAGCAAAAAUGGAGGGUUUUCGUGGAUGAACUGCCUUUUUAAGGACAUGCCACUGCAUUUCAAUCGGAUUCAAGUCUGGACUUUGACAAGGCCACUUCAAAACCUUCAUUUUAUUUUUUAAGCCAUUCAGAAGUUUACUUGCUGGUGUGUUUUGGAUCGUUAUGCUGCUGCAGAACCCAAAUACGCUUCAGCUUGAGGUCACACACUGAUGGCUGAGCGUUUCUCCCUCAGGAUUUUUUGUUAAAUAAAAUUAAUGGUUCCAUCAAUCACAGCAAGUUGUCCAGGUCCUGAAGGAGCCGAGCAACCCAAGACCAUCACACUACCACCACCAUGUUUGACUGUUGGCAUGAUGUUCUUUUUAUGAAAUGCUGUGCUACAUUUACGCCAGAUGUAAUGAGACACACACCUUCUAAAAAGGUCAACCUUCAUCUCGUCAGUCAGUCAGUCAAUAUUCACUCAAAAGUCUUGGGAAUCAUUUAUGUUUUUUUUUUCUUUGCAAAAGUAAGAUGAGCCUUUAUGUUCUUUUUUGUCAGCAGUGGUUUUUGCCUUGGAGCUCUGCCAUGGAUGCCAUUUUUGCCCAGUCUCUUCCUUAUUGUUGUCUCAUUAACACUGACCUUAACUGAGGCAAGGGAUGCCUGCAGUUCUUUUGAAGUUGUCCUGAGUUCCUUUGUGUCCUCCUGGAUGAGUCAUUGCUGUUCUCUAGGGGUAAUCUUUGUACGCUGACCACUCCUGGGAAUGUUCACCACUGUUCCAUGUUUUCUCCAUGUGAGGAUAAUGGUGCUCUCUAUGGUUCUCCGGAAUCCGAAAUCUUUAGAAAUGGCUUUUGUAACCCUUUCCAGGCUAAUGGAUGUCAAUUACUUUAUUUCUCGACUGUUCUGGAAUUUGUAUGGAUCGUGUCAUUUUGUUACAGGUUGUUUUUCUUUGUCCAACUUGAUUUUGUCGGGACAGAUUCUGUUUAAAUGAUUUCUUGACGGAACAGGUUUGGAGGUAAUCAGGCUUUUUGGUGUGAUCGUUGAAAAUUAACCAAAAAUUGUGAUUAGCUACAAUUAAUUCAUGAUUUAGUAAUUACCUUUUCACAAAGGGCCAGGUAACUUUGAAUAUUUUUUUUCCCUUAAUAAACGAAAUCACCAUUUAAAAACAGCAUUUUAACUUCACUUGGGUUAUAUUUGUCUGAUAUUCAAAUUUGUUUGAUGAUCUUAAACAUUAUAGUGGGGAAAAUAUGCAAAAACUAAAUAAUUUGAGAAGGUGGUCAAAACCUUUUCACGGCACUGUAUAUUCCAUCAGGACAUAAUGGAGGAUGACUUUAUUUCUCUGAGUGAAUUAUGCACCGUGGAUCCUUAAAUAUACUGUAGUUUAGGGUGUUUUCUUAUCCUACAAAAAGCUUGCCCCCACCAAGAUUAUGAUUCAUUUGUUAAGAAACAAUAGUAAAUCUUACCUUGCUUGGGAAAAUAAUGUUACAUGUGUAUUUAGAUUUAAAAAAAUAGGAAUAUUUUUCAGCUGUGAUAUUAUGAAGUGGCAUAUAUUCAUUUGUACUGCUUUUCAUGAAUGGUAUUGCUCUCAUUUUAUUGUUUUGGCUUACUUCUUAAUGCAAAACACAGUCAAAACACCCUUAACAGCCACAGAAACGCUUCAGACCUAAUAUUUUCCCCAUUUUCCAAAGCUGCACAAUGUGUAAAGCUUUAUCCCUUUAAAACUUUUGUUAUAUUGUAGACUUUUUAAAUAUUUAUUAUGAUGUGUAAAGCAUGCAAUGGUGUUCAAGUUUAAUUUUAUUUUAUUUUACGUCAAAGGAAUUGUUUUUCCCUAAAGUGUGUCUAAGUUGGACCAGGCUACCUCCACGAAUGGUUUUAUUUUCCCAUAAAGAAUUUUUCUUUUUACAGUGUGUGUCUUCUACUAAUACGUACUGUGGACUUUGACAUGUAGCUUACACAUUAACCUCUGUGGGAUCUGUGUAUACCGCUGACAUACUUUCAGCCUAGCAGUACUGCCUAUAUAUAGCAGUUCUCACUCAGUUGCUAUUUCUGUCACAGACACUCUUGCCUUAUGACAAGAACUAUCUGGGACUGAACUUUGCUUUGCUUAUUGUUUUUUUGAUCACUUAUUUGUUAGCAACAGAUAGUAAGAUUGUGGUAUUUGUUUGUUACUGUGUUGUUAUUUUGUUUGCAAUUAAAGUAAACAGUUUUUAA